CUUCUCCAGCCUUUCCAGAGUGUAUCUGUCUUUCCAAAAUGAGUUCGAUACUUUGUGCACAUGCCGGGAUCCCCAUGGGAUUGGUGACAUCAUAUGCCAUUGGCUCCUAUUGCACGCAAGAGAGGAGACAGAUCUGCACAUUCCUGCAGUUAAUGCUGAGCAGAAUCUUGGCAGAGGUGGUGGCAUCCUUCAUUUGACUUUAGACCUUCAACCUCCCUUUUAAAGCCCUGGCUCACACAGUUAUUGAGAAGCCUUAUCCUGCAAAGAACCUACAGCUUAGGAAAGAGUUGCCCACAUGUUUUCACUAUCAAACAAAAAAUAUUGGCAAAUCUUUUAUCAAUUUUCUAUUCUGGCAGAGGUACCAUUUAUUAUGGGGCAGAUGGGAUAUAGAUAGAGCAUCUCCCUGCUUCUACCUUCCUGAGGUAAAUGCCUGUUCCACUCCCCAAUCACCAGGAAAUGCCUUGGAGCAAUGGAGUCUAAUAGCCUGAGAGUUGUAAAGGGGCAGCAAAGCCACUUCUGCAGGAGGAGAGUGUGCAUGAACCUUAUUCAUCAUCCAUAUGGGAAGCUGAUUCAUGUACAUGCUUUUCACCCUGAUUUGACACAUACUAACAUCAAAUAACUAUCUGCUUUACCCCAUUUGGAUACUAUAAUAAAAAAAGAUAGUCCAGGUACCUCAUAAACAACAGAAAUUUAUUUCUCAUUGUCCUGGAGGCCAGGACGUCCAAGAUCAAGGUGCUGGCAGAUUCAGGGUCUGGUUGGGGCCCACUGCCUGGUUUAUGGAUGGCAUGCUCUCGCUGUGUCCUCACAUGGUGGAAGGGAUGAGGGAUCUCUAUAGGAUCUCUUUUAAAAGCACUCUGAAAGAGAGUGCGACCCUCAUAACCUAAUCACUUCUCAAAGGCCCUACUUCCUAAUACUAUCACACUAGGGGUUAGAAUUUCAAUAUAGGAAUUUUGGGGGAACACACAUCCAGUCUGUAGCACUAUCUGAUAAGGCUUCUGAAUAGUCCUGGGCCAUUUUACGUAAUGGGGAUUUACUAAGGACUCUCAACAGCAUGGCUCUUGCUUCAAGGGGUUUUCCAUGGAGGACCUGUCAGAAUCACCUAAAGAUUUGCCCUUUUGCUUUUGGGGGAAUCAUUGAGAGAAAAAGGACCUGGCUCCCAUGCUUUCCGCAUGCUCACCCACUCCGGCCCUUCUGAUUAAUGUUUGCUGUUCUGCUUUGCAGAUGCCUCCCAGGACCCAGAGGGACACUGUAGCCUCAUUUCUGUGGAGACCUUUGGCUGGACUCUCCUGGCUCUCCCAGAGGUGAGAGACUGUGGUUCCUGUAGCCUCAGGCUUGGCACCAACUCAUCUCUGGUGGAUCCAGGAUUCCAGAUAUCCAAUCUCACUACAGCCAGGGCCUCUUUGUCCCAGUGUGACCUUGCGGGCUGUCCCUCUGCCUGCCUCUUAACAGCCCCUGCCAUUGGUGAUUUUUGUUCCAACUAUGGGCCAAUGGAUCCCUGAAAGCGACUGUGUGGGCUUCUCUCACGAUCUCACUCUGGCCUCAGCCUGGUGGUGUGCUCCUCUGUGGUCUGGAUGGGGAUGAUGAACUCGGGCUGCCUGUUGUUUUUGUUUUGUGAUAUUUAAAGCAGCCAAAGCUCUCAUUACUGUAAUACAGUAUGUGCCUGGGCUGAAGGGGUAGCAGCAUUCCUUCUGGAUGAGGGGGCAGCUCUAUUCUGUUGUGGUGCACCCGCCGGAGUGUUUAAAACCAUGGCUGGUAGAAUUUACAGUGUGCCAGGACUGACAGGGGCCUUGGAACUCCCGCAUUUUCACGCAUCCCAGCCCCUUGUUUGAAUGAAGAGGGAGUUGAGCCCAUUCUGGGUAUGGGGCGACUGUUCAGGCCCUGGGGUGAUGAGUGGCAGAUCUGGGACUAGAACUCAGGCCCAGAGACCAGCUUGCUGUCAUCUGGCUAAGUUUCUGCUUCUGUUCUCACUUGUUCAGAUCCUUCUGAGACCCUGAACCAAAUGAGGAAAAUUCAUGUAAAUCUUAGCACACUGCCUGAUAUGUAAUAAGUGCUCCAUAAAUGUUUAUCAGUACUCUCAUAAGCCCUGAGACAUGCAAAAUAUUCUUGCCCUUCAGGGACUUACAGUCUUGAGAAGGAGACAAAAUUUUCACACUUACACACUAACACACUUAAGGAGCAAUUUAAGUCACUAAAUGGUUAUCUGCUAAGUUUUGGGGAAUAGGUGCAGUGGAUCACGCAAGAGAGGAGACAGAUUAUUAUGGCCUAGAAGAAGUGCCAUGGUGAAGAUAAGAGCAUAAUGUGUAUGACAUCUGUGUAUGACAGCUUUUCAACUCCUGGCAGUGAGAUGAACAGGCCAGCAGCCAUUCCUGGACACUGCAGAGCCCUCAGGCCAGCCACUCAUCUACCCAGCACAUUCACUAAUUAUCACCCAGCUCUGUGCUCUGCAUGAGAAUGUAAAGAAGACCAUGACAAGAUCCUUUCCUCAAGCCUAGCCAGGGAGACAGACAUGCAUAAAGAUAUGACCACUGAAAAAUUCUACAUUCAUAUCUAUUUAUAUCCUCAAGGCAUCAUCUGAGCCCACAGGUGGGUAGGCAAGUCAGAUAGGAUCAAGAGUUUGAAGGAAAGCAUACAUUUACCUGGUAAAAAAGGGGCAACUCACAAGCCAUAAGCUCUUGUGCAAAGGGGCUGGUAAUUGUGAGUCUUCUGCAGGAGAGGUGGAGUUGCCGGGACGUUAGACCCAAUCAAGGGCAUUCUGAGAAUGAGAUUGAGAAAUCUCUGAGGCCAGCAUGGGGCAAGACUUUGGUGUCACAUUCGGCCCUGGCAAUGUGGUAUUUUUGAGCUGGGCCAGGAACUGGAGAGGAGUGGGCCUGGUGGAAUGGAGAGGGAGGCUCUUUACUUAUCAAGAGUAGGUACCAGAUGCUGGUGACUCAAGGGGAAACUUCCUGAAUGGAUAUGGAGUCUGUAGAUGUUUAAUGGCCUAAAACAAACACAUUUUCUGCACUGCUUGGUUCAGAGGCUGCAGGUUAAAGUAACAUAGAAGACAAUGUCCAGCCAGCAAGGUGAAGGAAGCAUGAAAUGGAAAGGGUUAGAAGCUGAACUUCUCUUGAUCAAUGACUUCAUUAUCUUGGCAAGGAUUGCAGAAACUGCAGGUGCUGAGGGAGUGACUUGUUUGGAGGAAGGGGUAGGGACCAGGAAAGGAAUCCCAGACACUUGGUGCUAACCCAACUGCUGAAUGAGGCUUUCAGGCUCUGGGAUUCAGUCAGGAACUCCUGGGCCACAUUCUUCCUAGGUAUAGGACUAGAGAGCCUUCACUCUUAGUGUCUGUAUGUCCCUGGGCCAAUCUGCUUUGUUCUACCAUGCCUAACAUCAGAAAAAAAAGGGUAGAUUAAAUUUAGAGCCACUACUCUGUGUCUUCAUCCUGCUUGUUUUUCCUAAGGCAAUUGAACCUUGGAAGGCCUUGUAAGUCCCUGUGAGGUCUACAGUUAUCAGGGGUUGGUGAGGUCGGAGAACAAGCUGGUCUGUUCUGAAUUCAACUCUCUCUUUCUCCCUUUCACAACUGAAGGUCUUCCUGAGCCUUUGCCUCUUUCAUCAGCCUGGAUGUUGAGACUGCAAUUUUUCAUGAUUGCUUGUUUUGUAUUUUUUCUUCAUGGUCUUUCCUAAAGUCUGUUAUUCAUCCAGGUCCACUUAUAUGUCUUCUAAUCUAUUGCAUGAACCCUGCAGCCACGGCCUGGCGUGAAGUUGCCUGCUCAUUGUCUCGCUGGUUUUUCCAAAUGCUCACAGGCACUAGUCAUGUAAAUCUCCUCCUGGCAAGAAAAAAGACUGACUUUUUGUUGUUGUUAUGUUAUCCCCAGGUGAUUCAACCUGUCCUGGGAUCACAAUAGAUGCUCAGCAUACGAUUGCCACCUCGACUGCUGAUCUUUUUCUUCCUAUACACCAUUCUAUUCACACCACUAUUCAAAAAUUGAUAUUUAUAAGCACUUACUAUAUCCCAGGAAUUGUACUAUAUGUUCUUUAUAUGCAUUAUCCCAUUUAAUUUUAAUAGUUAUACCAUUUUCUACUUUUAACUAUCUCAUCCUUUCUACACUGAUAGAAAAGUGUCCCUAAACCCAGAGACUUAUUAGUACCUGGCUGUUUUAGAAGUUCCUGACCCAUAACAUUUCUGAAGUUAUCGCUACAGGAUAUGGUUGCAAAGGCCUAGGAGGAGAAAUCCUUUCUGUCUCUGAUGGUUUCAGGGAAGGUAAGAGGUCUCCUGUCUCUUUGUGGUAAAAACACCAGGGUAGGCCUUGAUCUCCUGAGUCUUGAGUAUGUUAAGGGAAAGACACUAAGACUGCUCUGCCAAAAGGGCAGACCCUGCCUGGUGUCUGGGAAGUUGAGCCCAAGUUUCUCUCCAAGGAGGGUCUCCUGCAGGGAUCAGGAAGGAGGGUCUACUGGCAUCACACAGGACCUCUUCUAGGUUCAGGAGGGUUUCCUAUAGCUAGAUGAGACAGAAUUGAUUGAUGUCUCAGUGAUGCUUCAGGCCAUGUUGAUUGGACCUCCGCUAAAGGCAAGCCGCCCUUCAGAGCCACGUGUUCUCAAGAGACAGCACAGCCAUAACCGCAAGAGUAGGAUGGUCCUGGUGGAAAUGGCACAAUCAAACAAGCUCCUGGGCCUUGUGGCUUUGAGUGGCUGAACUGGAAGGUUCUUGGGGUGUGAGCACUCUCACUCGCAGUGUUGAUCAAGCAGCGUAAUCACAUCACUGCCCCCACAGAAGUGGCAGCCACUCAGUUCUCCUUAGCCCAGGCUGAUUUCUGCUCUGCUGGUUCAUAGGAAACCACUUGGGUGUUUCAUGACUGCUGAAGCCCGAGGCACUUUCUCCAGGGGCAGCAUGCAUCACUCACAGGAUGGACCAAGCGAAAUGUCCUGGUCAAAGGCAAGAAGUUUGUAUUAUUGUCCUUGCCUAUUUUACUAUCAUGUAAAUACUCACCAACCAACCUACAGAUAUUCUCUGAGUACUUACUAUGUAGGUGUUAAGGGAUACAAAAAUAAGGGUGUGGCUAGGGGUGGCAUGCUUUUUGCCCCUAACUUGCAAAUUUGUUGAGAACAUGAUGCCAGGGACGGUAAAAACAAAAGAUAAAUACAAAUAAAUGGUAACAUUUAUGAGACAGGCACUAGGUUCUAGGCACUUCUUAUGUGUUAACUCAUUUCAUCCUUACAACAUUUCUAUGGGCAGGUGCCAUUAUUACUCCCAUUUUUACAGGUAAGGAGACAGAGGUGCCAAAGUUCAAGUGUGUGCCCAGGAAGGAGCAUGCCGCCAGUGAGAGGGGGAGACAGGACUCAAACCCAGCAAGCCUGGUCUCAGACAAGGUGACUCAUAAGGAGCAGGAAAGGAGAGAGCUGCUAAUUUCUAGUUGUGGCUGCCACACUCCCGUCUGCCUGAUCUUCCAUUUUACUUCCUGGUUUACCGGUGGCUUUGACACAUGGCCUGUCCAGAUCCCAGUGGAGGCAGUCCUGAGAUGGAGAGUUGGCGGUCUUUUGUCAGAUCUGGGAGGUCCUGAACCAUGACUUCCUUUGAAAUCAAUUUGGAAUGUCCAUCCAGCUUGGCUAAGGAAGAGGAUUUUGACUGUGAAGAGGGAAGUGGGUUCUUUACUACAAAGGACAUAUUCUCUCUGAGUCACGUGUUCCUUGAUGUUCUUUGGUAAAUGUUGGGCUGUGGGCCUAGAAACACUGACCUUGGAGUCAGGGAAACUGGGAUCCAGUUCUAACUCUGUGGUCUUCUAACUUAGUGACCCAAGUAAGUCAAAAUUAAUCUCAUUUCGAUGUAGAGAUAUGCAAGAUCCUUGACCUUCAAUGACUCAUGGUCUGGCUUGAGAGAAAGACAGGUAAAGAAGCAAACUCUAAUUCAGCACAAUGAAUGGGAAGCAGCAGUCAGACCAGGUAAAACAGCCUCAAUUGAGGGUGAAGGGACUGAGGGCUGUACUUUUCUACUUUGUCAAAAGGAGAUGAUAAUUUCUCUCCACAGGAUUGUGGUGACGCUCAAUGAUAUAAUGCAUCUAUAAGUAACUGAUGAAGUUGAGGAAUUCUAAAAUAGAAACAGACUCCAGUUCCAACACCAUCUUCUGAGAUGAUCCUGAUUCCCAGAAUGCUCUUGGUGCUGUUCCUGCUGCUGCCUAUCUUGAGUUCUGCAAAAGCUCAGGUUAAUCCAGCUAUAUGCCGCUAUCCUCUGGGCAUGUCAGGAGGCCAGAUUCCAGAUGAGGACAUCACAGCUUCCAGUCAGUGGUCAGAGUCCACAGCUGCCAAAUAUGGAAGGCUGGACUCAGAAGAAGGAGAUGGAGCCUGGUGCCCUGAGAUUCCAGUGGAACCUGAUGACCUGAAGGAGUUCCUGCAGAUUGACUUGCACACCCUCCAUUUUAUCACUCUUGUGGGGACCCAGGGGCGCCAUGCAGGGGGUCACGGCAUCGAGUUUGCCCCCAUGUACAAGAUCAAUUACAGUCGGGAUGGCACUCGCUGGAUCUCUUGGCGGAACCGUCAUGGGAAACAGGUGCUGGAUGGAAAUAGUAACCCCUAUGACAUUUUCCUAAAGGACUUGGAGCCACCCAUUGUGGCCAGAUUUGUCCGGUUCAUUCCAGUCACCGACCACUCCAUGAAUGUGUGCAUGAGGGUGGAGCUUUACGGCUGUGUCUGGCUAGAUGGCUUGGUGUCUUACAAUGCUCCAGCUGGGCAGCAGUUUGUACUCCCUGGAGGUUCCAUCAUUUAUCUGAAUGAUUCUGUCUAUGAUGGAGCUGUUGGAUACAGCAUGACAGAAGGGCUAGGCCAAUUGACUGAUGGUGUGUCUGGCCUGGACGAUUUCACCCAGACCCAUGAAUACCACGUGUGGCCCGGCUAUGACUAUGUGGGCUGGCGGAACGAGAGUGCCACCAAUGGCUACAUUGAGAUCAUGUUUGAAUUUGACCGCAUCAGGAAUUUCACUACCAUGAAGGUCCACUGCAACAACAUGUUUGCUAAAGGUGUGAAGAUCUUUAAGGAGGUACAGUGCUACUUCCGCUCUGAAGCCAGUGAGUGGGAACCUAAUGCCAUUUCCUUCCCCCUUGUCCUGGAUGACGUCAACCCCAGUGCUCGGUUUGUCACAGUGCCUCUUCACCACCGAAUGGCCAGUGCCAUCAAGUGUCAAUACCAUUUUGCUGAUACCUGGAUGAUGUUCAGUGAGAUCACCUUCCAAUCAGAUGCUGCAAUGUACAACAACUCUGGAGCCCUGCCCACCUCUCCUAUGACACCCACAACCUAUGAUCCAAUGCUUAAAAUUGAUGACAGCAACACUCGGAUCCUGAUUGGCUGCUUGGUGGCCAUCAUCUUUAUCCUCCUGGCCAUCAUUGUCAUCAUCCUCUGGAGGCAGUUCUGGCAGAAAAUGCUGGAGAAGGCUUCUCGGAGGAUGCUGGAUGAUGAAAUGACAGUCAGCCUUUCCCUGCCAAGUGAUUCUAGCAUGUUCAACAAUAACCGCUCCUCAUCACCUAGUGAACAAGAGUCCAACUCGACUUACGAUCGCAUCUUUCCCCUUCGCCCUGACUACCAGGAGCCAUCCAGGCUGAUACGAAAACUCCCAGAAUUUGCUCCAGGGGAGGAGGAGUCAGGCUGCAGCGGUGUUGUGAAGCCAGUCCAGCCCAGUGGCCCUGAGGGGGUGCCCCACUAUGCAGAGGCUGACAUAGUGAACCUCCAGGGAGUGACAGGAGGCAACACAUACUCAGUGCCUGCCGUCACCAUGGACCUGCUCUCAGGAAAAGAUGUGGCUGUGGAGGAGUUCCCCAGGAAACUCUUAACUUUCAAAGAGAAGCUGGGAGAAGGACAGUUUGGGGAGGUUCAUCUCUGUGAAGUGGAGGGAAUGGAAAAAUUCAAAGACAAAGAUUUUGCCCUAGAUGUCAGUGCCAACCAGCCUGUCCUGGUGGCUGUGAAAAUGCUCCGAGCAGAUGCCAACAAGAAUGCCAGGAAUGAUUUUCUUAAGGAGAUAAAGAUCAUGUCUCGGCUCAAGGACCCAAACAUCAUCCAUCUAUUAGCUGUGUGUAUCACUGAUGACCCUCUCUGCAUGAUCACUGAAUACAUGGAGAAUGGAGAUCUCAAUCAGUUUCUUUCUCGCCAUGAGCCCCCUAAUUCUUCCUCCAGCAAUGUACCCACUGUCAGUUACACCAAUCUGAAGUUUAUGGCUACCCAAAUUGCCUCUGGCAUGAAGUACCUUUCCUCUCUUAAUUUCGUUCACCGAGAUCUGGCCACACGAAAUUGCUUAGUGGGUAAGAACUACACAAUCAAGAUAGCUGACUUUGGAAUGAGCAGGAACCUGUACAGUGGUGACUAUUACCGGAUCCAGGGCCGGGCAGUGCUCCCUAUCCGCUGGAUGUCUUGGGAAAGUAUCUUGCUGGGCAAGUUCACUACGGCAAGUGAUGUGUGGGCCUUUGGGGUUACUUUGUGGGAGACUUUCACCUUUUGCCAGGAACAGCCCUAUUCCCAGCUGUCAGAUGAACAGGUUAUUGAGAAUACUGGAGAAUUCUUCCGAGACCAAGGGAGGCAGACUUACCUCCCUCAACCAGCCAUUUGUCCUGACUCUGUGUAUAAGUUGAUGCUUAGCUGCUGGAGAAGAGAUACGAAGAACCGUCCCUCAUUCCAAGAAAUCCACCUUCUGCUCCUUCAACAAGGCGACGAGUGAUGCUGUCAGUGCCUGGCCACAUUCCUACGGCUCAGGUCCUCCCUACAAGACCUACCACUCACCCACGCCUAUGCCACUCCAUCUGGUCAUUUAAUGAACCUGAGAGACAGAGGCUUGUUUGCUUUGCUGUCUGUUCCUGGUCACCCCCACUCCCUACUCCUGACUCAUAUAUACAUUUUUUUUUUUACAUUAAAGAACUUAAAAAAAAAAAGCCUAGGGCAGAUACAAUCUAGUAAAAGAAAAUCUUACUUGAUAUACCAAAAUGUUGGAUAACAAAGGCUAGAAAAUUCAGAUAAUUUAUAAAGGUUAACUAUGCUUGUGCUUAUAAAUGUGCAGAUUCUACAAUACUUUUCCAUGUCACUCUAAAAGAAUCUUCAGAAAGAAAAACUUGAAGAAUACUAAUGUCUUGGGAAACAUGAGAUUAAAUUUAGGGAAAACACUUGAUAGAUGUGGAGAAUCUGAGGACUCAGAAUUCAGCAACUAAUCACAGGUGGUUUUCUAAUUUGGCCUCUGGACAUGUCUCACUGUUUGCAUUUCUCUCUCCUGUCAAAGUGAAUGAUAUAUUCUUGAAACCCCCCAAUUUCUUGAAAUGGGUGUCCUGCUCAUUCAUAGACAGGGGUCAGGGUUGAAGUUCAUAUAUGAAACAACUGGGGAUAUAGAUAGGAAAGAAUGUUUGCUGCAAGAGUGUAUGAAGGGGGAUUGUCAUUUACAGAAAAAAAGUACCUCAUGGAUGGAAGGAUUCAUGAAUAGAUAAUGGACAUAGGAAAGGAGGUCAAUGGAGGACACAUAACAGACAUGGUAUCCACCAUUUAUUUGUGAUUUUGUAAGAGGGUUGUUUUCUUUGUCUUGUUCAGAUAUUUUCAUGUGUGUGUUUUAGUGAGAAUCUGAGUUUUUAAUCAGUAAAGGCUGAUGUUUUGAUAUCUUGAUGGUAGACUCUUGAGUUCAUCUUGUCCAAAUCUUCUAGCGUUUUCAAGGAUGAAGCCUCUGUAGGAUCUUUGGGCUUGGGGCUGAAUUUCUCAGGCAUAAAUACCUACUGGCCUUGUCCAAGAGGGAAUAGGUCUGUUCUGAGUGUCCCCAAAAAAAGUCGUCCUAGGACUAAUGUGGGGAAGUUACAGGGAGACUGAUUUCCAUUCCUUAUUGGGGAAAACAAAGCACUCAGAACAUACAAGGAUAAAUGGGCUGCUACCAGAGGUGGGGAGUCUCUUGUCAAAGAAAAUGGAGGUUUUGAAACACAAAGUAGAUGGUGGUGUAAGACAAUGUUUAAUGUCUUUCUAACUCCGAGAGUCCUUGAUUCUAGAGAGGCACAGGAUGAGCAUCUAUUGCUACUGCUGAGUAUACACGCUCUUGCCUCUGAGAUGGUGUGACCCGCAGAAAAGAAAUCUCAAAGCUGUGGCUUCAGAAUUCAUGGAAACAGAGCCACUGUCAAGAAGGAAUCUGCUCAGAGCAGAUUCUGAGCUUUCACACUCCACAAAUCUUCAGAUUUAGUGGGAAGCUAGAAAAAGGAACUCUUAAUUUCCAUUGAGGAGAAACAAGAAGACAUUACAAAUCAGCUUCCCUAGCUGAGAAGGAAUGGCCUUGACCCCUUGGGUCUGCCUCUGUUGCCCUCACCAGUUUAUCUUCUGUAACAGUUUCUCAGGAACAUGUGUAUUUCCCCAUUCAGCCUUCAGCAUUGCUCCAGGCCACAGCAUAAGCAUAAAUCCCAAGUCCACAGGAUCCAUUUUUCAGGUCAUAUUCUGAUCCUAGCAAAUGUCCUUUCCCCGUAGUUGUCCUAUGCCUUUGGGCUUUAGUCUAUCCCAGGACUAACUUUGGAGAAAUCAUUGGUUUGAGAGUCAAGAGAACAUUGAUUUGGGAGCUUUAACCCUCUUUCUGCUUCACACUAAGUGUGUCAUCUUGGCUAAAUCACUUGGUCUUUCUGCAUUUUGUUUUCUUAUUUAUAGGAUGAGGAAAUUAGAUUAAAUAGUUUUGAGGUCCCUGCUGGUUCUGAUACGUCCAGUACUAACUGGAUAAUUGAAUCUAUAACUGAUGGAUUUAGUAAUCUGGUCAUUUCUUGCUCUGAAAAUUGUAACCAGCAAAAGAGAUCAUGGACGAAAUCACUGUAAUGGUAGUAUAGUAACACAUGCCAUUUGUAUUGUGCCUUAGGUUUACCAGGUGUUUCCAAAUACAUUAGCAUAUUUGAUAUGUGCAGGGCUAGAUACCUUGGGACCUGCCACACUCCGCUUUCAAAAUAAGUAUUCUAAGCUUCAUUAGAAUUAAAGGGACUUGAACUCAGGACCUGCAGCCUAUUCUUCUUUAUCCACAUGCCUCUGGUAGGGCUACAUCCAGACCAUGCCAUGACUUCUUAUGGAGCAAGAGAAAAUAAUAUUAUUUUAUCUUCCUUUGCCUAAAAUCUCUUCACUUAUUCUUUUUUAUGAUUCUGCCCCAGUUCACUGGGUUAUUCUAUGUUUCCAUAUUUUUUUAAAAUCAUAUUUAAAAUGAACUUACAGUGUCUGAGUUUUCCCAGCCUUGAGUCAUAGAAGUAAUCUGUUUCAGAUGGCUGCUCAAUAUAUAUUAUCAUGUAAUACAUAUCUGUAUCCUUUUCUGGGAUGAGGAAGGCUUCAACUUCUGGCACUGAGACCUUUGUAUUACAGACACAGGUUUAGUUUCUAGCUUAGUCAUGCCUUUAGAGUUUAGUAGCACACAUCCAAGCAACCCAACAGAAUACAUGGUGAGGGCCUAGUGUGUAGAAUUCAACUAAGUAGUUCAUAUUUGAACUACAUAGUAAGUAGUUCAAAUUUGAAUUAGAGGAACAAAGCUAGGACUUAUUUGGAGAAGGAGAUCAAAAAAAAUGAUCAGAGACUGUGGGGCCUUAUUACGUUUGCAGUAAGUUAUCUUCUUCAUGAUAUAUGUGAAUUAUUUUGUGUGCAGAUUGUGUUUUGGGAUUGCCAGAUCUAAAUUUAUGUUCUUGCUGGCUAAUGUGCUGAUAGUUAGGUCUAUCUAAAACUUGAUGUGCUUUCCAGACACAUAUGUGACCAGAUAAGAUCUAAAGUGCAAAGCGGUGCCUGAGGAGCAAAAUGUGAUUUUAAUGUUGUGGAAAGAUCACUUGCAAGUAUAUUAAGACUGUAUAAAGAAGAGGAUUGUAUGCAAGUGGGGUGAAAAAAAAAAGGAUACGCGAAUGUGCAUAUGACUGAAUGGGGGGAAGGUCAGGGCUAGAAAGGAGGCUACAAAAAAGGGGCAACGGAGAGUGCACAGGAAAGACACAGGGAAAGAUCAAGUUGAGCAAGUAGAAACAGGAGUAGCUGGAGCCAUUGGGAAUCCAUUUUGAAACAAGAAGGAGUUUUGAAAGGGAAUAGGAAAGUAAGUAUCUUGAAGUAAAAGAUAAAUAUGAAUGGAGAAAGAAGAAAUUCUGGAUGAUAGAGAGGAUAAAAAUAUUUAUUAAGAAAUGAAGUCAGGUUCAAUGUAUGAAAUGGAAAGGAAUUUUUCAGAAUUUUAAGAAAGGGGAAGUUCCUUUUGGAAAAGAUAUAGCAAUCAUCAGGGAAUGACCUUUUCAUUUCAGAAGUGUGUGAGGAAGGUAGUUUGAGCAUCUGGUGUAUUCUGGACCAUUUCAAGUGCUGGUGAGAAGUAAUCAACUAUUUGCCUGAACGGGGCUUGGUUUCCCAAGUGCUGCUUUGGAAAUGAAGACCCAGAGAUGGGGAGCUUAUGGUAGUUCAUAAAUCUUCAUGUUCUAUUAUAUUUCCUCUGUCAAAAAAGUUCAUUUUCAAUAAUGCCCACCAUUGCUGUGCCCAGAAUAACCACAGGCAAACAUCAAAACAAUACGCAUAAGUUAGACAAGAUUAAAUCUUAUCUGAUAUCUGCACAAACAGAUAUGCACCAUGUUGGAAACAUGUGUUUUUCUAGUCCCAUCCAGGCUUCCCACAACAAAGCCAUGAUGUGGGUCUAAACCAUAUGUUUUGAGUAAAGGAGAAUAGAAGAAGAGGAGUGUCUGCAAGACAGAAAGAGAUGAAGAUGUUCCAAGGAAGUAUACUAAAACAGAACAGUGAAUGUUUUGCCCAAAACUACAGAAAGAAAGAAAGAAAGAAAGAAAGAAAGAAAGAAAGAAAGAAAGAAAGAAAGAAAGAAAGAAAGAAAGGGAGAAAGAAAAGAAAAGAAAGAAAGAAAAGAAAAUUGCAAUAUAUGGCUACUAAGUCUUUGAUUGUAAGUUGAAUUUAUAGACCUGGAAUUUGCUAUCCUAAUCUUUCCUUUUCAGUAAGACUUCUGUCCUCUGGCAGUGCAUAUGGUAGGUCCCUAAUGUUUCUGCAUCUCCAGGAAGAUGUAGAUCCUUAUUUUUGCUGGGAAAAUCUUCUUAAUAGAAAUGUAACAUUUUAAUAAAAACAGAUUAAUGUUUUUUUCACUUGGUAAUAAGUUGUCAAGAACUGAACUUAGGGGGAAAGAGACUGGAGUGGUUAAUGGUGAUUUAAUUUCUGGCAUUUUGAGUUUUCUGCUACAAUUAGCUGCAUUACUUGUGCCAAAGAGCAGUGAAGAAUUGUUGAGUUGGUGUAUCCUUUAAAAAAACUUGUUAUUUUGAAAGAACUUAAAGCUCACAAGAUGUUACAAAAAUAGUAAAGUGGCCUUACCCUAGAUCCAGUUUUCCCCAUUUAUAACAUUUCACUUAGUCCAUUUUCAAAACCAGAAAAUUAACAUUGGCAUAAUGCUAUUAACUAAACCACAGACCUUUUUUCAAUUUCACCAGUUUUUCCACACAUAUUCAUUUAGUUGCUGGAUACUUUUAAUUCUUGCUGAUUUGUAAUCUGGCCUUGCUUGGAUACAACAGGAAAGACACUAUCUGGAUAAAAUUCUACAGUAUUAGAGAGACUAUAACACAUUAAUGUGUUCCUUUAUCAUGAGCAAUACCCUGCCUACAUUGCUUCUAAAUUUUCUGAUUAGUUAGGCUGUUUGGCAUCUGAAACAAUCCAAGACAAACUUAGAAAUAUUAGGCAACACAAAAGACAGUAAGAACUGCUCAUAGCUUGUUGCCUAGAAAACCAGGUAUAGCAGGAUAUUCUAGAUAUUUCCUGAAGCUUCUACAGUGAGUAGGAUUAGUACUGGGGACAAAAUGAGGAGUUUAGAGUAAACCAGUAUUUCAGUCAAGAGUUAGUUGGCACUUAGUUAAUGGCACUGGGAAUAGCUUGUGGAGAGAAGAGAAUGCAAUGGUAUAGACUCCUAAUGUUUGAUAAAAUACUAUUUUCAGAGUGGUAGAGAGGUUUUAUUUGCCUAAAUAGCUGUCAUUAAAUGGAAUAACAACCACAUUAAACCAAAUUAAUUGCAAACACAGCAGCAACCUGUGGAGAAGUUGAAACUCCAGUUUUGUGGAUUACAGUUUUGAGUUUUACGAUUGACAUUUUUAAGUCCUCUAUUUAAGGGGUCACAAUUUUAUAACAAUGUGUGUCUUAUUAAGUUCCUAGGUCAUUGUGAGCACUUGAUAAAUAUUUGCUGAAUGUUGUUUUUUUGAAUGAAUUUAAGAUGGAAACAAAAACUUGUCAUCCAGUUAACUAGAGUGAAUGUAGGGAGAAUUUUUUUGCUGUAACAUGGAGAGUUUAUUUUCAAAAUGAGGAAAGAGAAAAAAAUAUUCAGACUCGUACCUGGUGAAGUGCAUUCUCUGUAUACUUUUUGAUGGAGAAAUUGAUCUAUAGAGCUGCUUAAUUUUUUGAGGCAUUUAGACAGCAAUGAAAGGUAGUUCUCCACAGGACACCAAUUCAAAAGGAGAGAUCAGACUCUGGCCUUAUCCCCAGUCUAUUUGAAACAAGCUAUCUAGUUUCUCCUGCAGACACCUUGUCAACAACAUGCAACAAUGUCAGGUGCCUUGCAGGAAAAUAAUCUGAGUCCCAAGCUAGCUGUGCUCAUCGACAAUUACAAUGAACAUAUCAAGGAAGAAUUUGCAGAGACUCAAAGGAAGCACAAUGGGGUAAGGUAAUCACUUUCAGUGAAAAACUGUUUUCUUGAAAAGAGGCUUCCUGCAAGCACACCAAGAGUCUGUAAUCUAGCCUAUCCAUUAUAUAUCCUUUAUUAUUCAUGAUAUCCUAUUCUUCUACCCUGUUGCCUGGUAACUUUUUCUGAGGACUGAGUUUCUGCAGCCAUGUGGUGCACUCUUCCUGUGAUGAGGAAACAUCUGGGCCCCCUUCUGCAGGCUUUGGAAGGUGAUGUGUCUUGUCAAGGGGUAAAGAUAAAAUGGAUUUAAUUUCUGCUUAAAACUAUCAUAGAUGUUCCAAAUAGAAUACGUAAAAUUUCUCUGUAUUAGAAAAAGAAACGUGAUACCAAUUGUAUAUUUUCUUUUCUUUAUUUAUUCUCUGUAAGUCUGUCAGAUGAUAAAUUGUAAAUAACAAUGAUUAAAGAGUCAUGCUACUGAUG